AUAUACGCUUGCUAACAACUCUUUUCUAACGUUUGUUACAAAAUCGAAAGAAGGCCAAUUUCACCAGGACUAUUUCCAAUGCAAUAAUAGUCAAUGUAUUGAAUACAAGCAAGUGUGCGAUCUCGUAAAUGAUUGCGGGGACAUGAGUGACGAGUUACCCUGUUCAAAUAGUAUGAUAUGUGAAAACACGUUAAACUCAACUAAACAUCAGUUUAUUCCCUUAUCACAGGUAUGUGAUGGUAUGUAUGAUUGCUUUGACCUUUCAGACGAAUGCAAUAGCACUUGUGAGAAAAGAAUACUUAAAAACUGGAUACUGCAAGUAUUGUGCUGGGUCAUGGGUGUACUAGCAUUGAUCUUCAACUCGUACACCGUAUUCUGUGGGCUGAAAACUCUUCAGGAUAGUGGGACUAGAAGUAUGUUAACUAAUAAGGCAAUGGUCAGUCUUAUCGGAUCAGGGGAUCUAUUUAUUGGAUUAUACUUGAUUAUGUUGUCUUUCUAUGAUAGUUUUGUAUAUGGGAACGGGUUUUGCAGACAUCAACCCGAAUGGUACACCGGAACAGCAUGCUCCAUAUUAGGGGUCAUCAGCACAGUUGGAUCACAACUGUCCCUUUUUGCAAUGGCAUCCUUGAGUAUCAUAAGAAUGCACAAGCUCACUUUCAAGAAAAUGAGUAUUCCACGCCCUGUUAACAGAAAUUCCGUCAUCAAGGUUGGUUUCUUGGUAACGGGUAUUAUCACUGCUUCACUAGCUAUAGCUGUUACACCAUUAAUGCCUUCAUUAGAGGAAUAUUUUGUACAAGGAAUGUACUAUGACCCCGCCUACAAAGUGUUCAUUGGCUUCCCCAACAAAGAGAAACAUGUUAAAGUUCUUCAAGCACAUUACAAUACCACUAACAGUAACAUCACUAUGGAUUUAACCUGGAAACAAAUCAGUGAUAAGGUGGACGGUAUGUUCACUCAGCAACAUGGACUUUUGAGUAGACGUCCAGUUCAUUUCUAUGGUAAUGACGGUGUUUGCUUAUUCAAGUACUUUGUUCGGAGUGACGAUGCAAGAAGAAUCAGACAAACGAUACAAAAUAUAGCAGACAUAACUGAUCAAAAAGGAGAUCCAGUAGUUUGGCUUAUGCUUGGUGUGAACUUAGUCUGCUUCAUCAUCAUUUCUGUUUGCUACAUAGUUAUUUAUAUCCAGACAAGGAUUUCUUCACGGAGAUCAGGACAGCGUCAUAACCCAGAAAGAGUUAGGGAAAAUAGGUCUAUACAGAAUAAAAUUACUCUUAUUGUUGCGACUGAUUUCCUUUGCUGGGUACCAUUCAUUGUUAUAAGCGGUAUGCAUAAUCUUGAAUUUUUCGAUGCUACUGACUGGUAUGUGACGUAUGCGAUGAUAGCUCUUCCACUUAACUCUGUUAUCAACCCGCUGAUAUACGAAAAAACAUUAGCAGAGUUCCUAGGCAGAAAGUUGGGGGAGGUAAAAAGACUUAUCAGGUUAAGUAUCUCUGCAGUUAUGUCUUCCGUUGCAAGAUUCAUUCAGUCAAGGAGUGAAGACAUACAGAGCGGGAACAAUGAUCUAGAUGUCAUACAGAUGGAACAUAUAAGAGUACAAGAGGAUCGGGAACUUUCAAAUCAAGUAUUAGCUGAGACAGAAAAUCGGUGA